AAUGGACACUUGAUAACAAUUCACCCCUUGGUAUAAGUAGACUACAUAGAGAACUCACUUCCGUGUAGAGAGCAUAUAGUAUAGGACUGUGAAGGAAUAAAUUGACAGUUGGUCAAUGUUGAUGUAGUCAUGUAUUACAGUGUAGGUCCACAAUGGGGCGUCUUAGCUUGAGUUAUCUGGAACUCUUCAUGGUCAUCCUAUGUAUUGUUUGUCAAGAGAGUGUUCCUGACGUUCCUGUAGCCAUAACAGACACAGGUUUAGCUGAUGUCGCUAUAGUGUAUCACCUAUCAAAUGCCGCCAAGCCAAAUGAUAUCAAUUCAUUUAAGACAUUCCUCAAGUCGAUAUUAGAAAAAGCGUCCAUCGACAAUGGAAACGUGAGAGUUGCCCUUAUGAACUAUGCUAAAAAAGGUCGUAAUCUGGUUGACUUUAACAAGUCUAAAACAAAAAAUGGCGUGUUUUCUGCUAUUGACAAGAUUGAUCUAAAAUACAGGGCCGCAGCCUCUAAUGCCGGGGCUGCUCUCAACGAGGUACAAUCCAAAUUUUUUACUAAGAAUCUUGAUCGCCCUGAAGCUGAGAAUAUUGUCAUACUCAUCACGGAUGCCAAAAAUUCAGAUCAAUCAGAAAAUAUGGUGAAAGAAGCUGAUGAGCUUAGAAAGAGUGGAUUCAAGAUUAUCACAGUUGGCAUCAGAGGAGCAGACGCCAAUGAACUGAAGGGCGUUGCCAGCCAGAGCUCCUUUGUCUUCUACUCUCCCAGCUUUGAACGUGCAAUUUCUGCAGAAUUUAUUGAGUCCGUCUGGGGUGUUUUGAACCCUGUCUCCAACUUAGCGCAAGUCAGCAAAACAACAAAGCCACCACCAAUACCUCCAGUCAGUAAGAGAGUCAGCUGUGCUGGGGCCAAAUUAGACUUGGUCUUUGUUCUGGAUGCCUCUACUAGUGUAACUGAACGAAACUAUGAACUGUUAAAAGACUUUGUUAAAGACUUCCUCUUGGAUGCUGAUAUUGAUGGAGGCAAUGUCAGAGUUGGUGUAGUCAUCUAUAGUGAUGCUGAUUAUGUGCAGUUUCAACUGAAUACUUACGCUAAGAAAGCUGAUGUGUACAAUGCCAUUGAUGAUAUUCCCUAUAGGUAUGGUAGUACCAACACUGCUGAUGCUCUCAAAACAAUGAGAUCUGUUAUGUUCACAGCAGGAAAUGGUGAUCGCUCAGAUGUGGAUAAUGUAGCCGUUGUUGUGACGGAUGGUGUAUCAAAUAUCAACUCUAGAAGGACAGUUCCAGAAGCAGAACAGGCUAGGGCUGAAGGUAUUCAUAUCUAUGCCAUUGGUAUUGGCUUGACUGAUACAAAGGAGUUGGAUGGCAUUGCCAGUAAACCAGUCGAUGAGAACAGGUUUGCUGUUCAAGAUUUUACAGAGUUGAGAGACCUGAGACACAAAGUAAUUUUUGCUUUAUGUUCCACUUCACCGCCAGUCAGAACUGAACCAAUGCGCUUACAAACAACUCGUAUACAGAGAGUCAGCUGUGCUGGGGCCAAAUUAGACUUGGUCUUUGUUCUGGAUGCCUCUACUAGUGUAACUGAACCAAACUUUGAACUGUUAAAAGACUUUGUUAAAGACUUCCUCUUGGAUGCUGAUAUUGAUGGAGGCAAUGUCAGAGUUGGUGUAGUCAUCUAUAGUGAUGCUGAUUAUGUGCAGUUUCAACUGAAUACUUACGCUAAGAAAGCUGAUGUGUACAAUGCCAUUGAUGAUAUUCCCUAUAGGUAUGGUAGUACCAACACUGCUGAUGCUCUCAAAACAAUGAGAUCUGUUAUGUUCACAGCAGGAAAUGGUGAUCGCUCAGAUGUGGAUAAUGUAGCCGUUGUUGUGACGGAUGGUGUAUCAAAUAUAAACUCUAGAAGGACAGUUCCAGAAGCAGAACAGGCUAGGGCUGAAGGUAUUCAUAUCUAUGCCAUUGGUAUUGGCUUGACUGAUACAAAGGAGUUGGAUGGCAUUGCCAGUAAACCAGUCGAUGAGAACAGGUUUGCUGUUCAAGAUUUUACAGAGUUGAGAGACCUGAGACACAAAGUAAUUUUUGCUUUAUGUUCCACUUCACCGCCAGUCAGAACUGAACCAAUGCGCUUACAAACAACUCGUAUACAGAGAGUCAGCUGUGCUGGGGCCAAAUUAGACUUGGUCUUUGUUCUGGAUGCCUCUACUAGUGUAACUAAACCAAACUUUGAACUGUUAAAAGACUUUGUUAAAGACUUCCUCUUGGAUGCUGAUAUUGAUGGAGGCAAUGUCAGAGUUGGUGUAGUCAUCUAUAGUGAUGCUGAUUAUGUGCAGUUUCAACUGAAUACUUACGCUAAGAAAGCUGAUGUGUACAAUGCCAUUGAUGAUAUUCCCUAUAGGUAUGGUAGUACCAACACUGCUGAUGCUCUCAAAACAAUGAGAUCUGUUAUGUUCACAGCAGGAAAUGGUGAUCGCUCAGAUGUGGAUAAUGUAGCCGUUGUUGUGACGGAUGGUGUAUCAAAUAUCAACUCUAGAAGGACAGUUCCAGAAGCAGAACAGGCUAGGGCUGAAGGUAUUCAUAUCUAUGCCAUUGGUAUUGGCUUGACUGAUACAAAGGAGUUGGAUGGCAUUGCCAGUAAACCAGUCGAUGAGAACAGGUUUGCUGUUCAAGAUUUUACAGAGUUGAGAGACCUGAGACACAAAGUAAUUUUUGCUUUAUGUUCCACUUCACCGCUAGUCAGAACUGAACCAAUGCGCUUACAAACAACUCGUAUACAGAGAGUCAGCUGUGCUGGGGCCAAAUUAGACUUGGUCUUUGUUCUGGAUGCCUCUACUAGUGUAACUGAACCAAACUUUGAACUGUUAAAAGAAUUUGUUAAAGACUUCCUCUUGGAUGCUGAUAUUGAUGGAGGCAAUGUCAGAGUUGGUGUAGUCAUCUAUAGUGAUGCUGAUUAUGUGCAGUUUCAACUGAAUACUUACGCUAAGAAAGCUGAUUUGUACAAUGCCAUUGAUGAUAUUCCCUAUAGGUAUGGUAGUACCAACACUGCUGAUGCUCUCAAAACAAUGAGAUCUGUUAUGUUCACAGCAGGAAAUGGUGAUCGCUCAGAUGUGGAUAAUGUAGCCGUUGUUGUGACGGAUGGUGUAUCAAAUAUCAACUCUAGAAGGACAGUUCCAGAAGCAGAACAGGCUAGGGCUGAAGGUAUUCAUAUCUAUGCCAUUGGUAUUGGCUUGACUGAUACAAGAGAGUUAGAUGGCAUUGCCAGUAAACCAGUCGAUGAGAACAGGUUUGCUGUUCAAGAUUUUACAGAGUUGAGAGACCUGAGACACAAAGUAAUUUUUGCUUUAUGUUCCACUUCACCGCCAGUCAGAACUGAACCAAUGCGCUUACAAACAACUCGUAUACAGAGAGUCAGCUGUGCUGGGGCCAAAUUAGACUUGGUCUUUGUUCUGGAUGCCUCUACUAGUGUAACUGAACCAAACUUUGAACUGUUAAAAGAAUUUGUUAAAGACUUCCUCUUGGAUGCUGAUAUUGAUGGAGGCAAUGUCAGAGUUGGUGUAGUCAUCUAUAGUGAUGCUGAUUAUGUGCAGUUUCAACUGAAUACUUACGCUAAGAAAGCUGAUGUGUACAAUGCCAUUGAUGAUAUUCCCUAUAGGUAUGGUAGUACCAACACUGCUGAUGCUCUCAAAACAAUGAGAUCUGUUAUGUUCACAGCAGGAAAUGGUGAUCGCUCAGAUGUGGAUAAUGUAGCCGUUGUUGUGACGGAUGGUGUAUCAAAUAUCAACUCUAGAAGGACAGUUCCAGAAGCAGAACAGGCUAGGGCUGAAGGUAUUCAUAUCUAUGCCAUUGGUAUUGGCUUGACUGAUACAAGAGAGUUAGAUGGCAUUGCCAGUAAACCAGUCGAUGAGAACAGGUUUGCUGUUCAAGAUUUUACAGAGUUGAGAGACCUGAGACACAAAGUAAUUUUUGCUUUAUGUUCCACUUCACCGCCAGUCAGAACUGAACCAAUGCGCUUACAAACAACUCGUAUACAGAGAGUCAGCUGUGCUGGGGCCAAAUUAGACUUGGUCUUUGUUCUGGAUGCCUCUACUAGUGUAACUGAACCAAACUUUGAACUGUUAAAAGAAUUUGUUAAAGACUUCCUCUUGGAUGCUGAUAUUGAUGGAGGCAAUGUCAGAGUUGGUGUAGUCAUCUAUAGUGAUGCUGAUUAUGUGCAGUUUCAACUGAAUACUUACGCUAAGAAAGCUGAUGUGUACAAUGCCAUUGAUGAUAUUCCCUAUAGGUAUGGUAGUACCAACACUGCUGAUGCUCUCAAAACAAUGAGAUCUGUUAUGUUCACAGCAGGAAAUGGUGAUCGCUCAGAUGUGGAUAAUGUAGCCGUUGUUGUGACGGAUGGUGUAUCAAAUAUCAACUCUAGAAGGACAGUUCCAGAAGCAGAACAGGCUAGGGCUGAAGGUAUUCAUAUCUAUGCCAUUGGUAUUGGCUUGACUGAUACAAGAGAGUUAGAUGGCAUUGCCAGUAAACCAGUCGAUGAGAACAGGUUUGCUGUUCAAGAUUUUACAGAGUUGAGAGACCUGAGACACAAAGUAAUUUUUGCUUUAUGUUCCACUUCACCGCCAGUCAGAACUGAACCAAUGCGCUUACAAACAACUCGUAUACAGAGAGUCAGCUGUGCUGGGGCCAAAUUAGACUUGGUCUUUGUUCUGGAUGCCUCUACUAGUGUAACUGAACCAAACUUUGAACUGUUAAAAGAAUUUGUUAAAGACUUCCUCUUGGAUGCUGAUAUUGAUGGAGGCAAUGUCAGAGUUGGUGUAGUCAUCUAUAGUGAUGCUGAUUAUGUGCAGUUUCAACUGAAUACUUACGCUAAGAAAGCUGAUUUGUACAAUGCCAUUGAUGAUAUUCCCUAUAGGUAUGGUAGUACCAACACUGCUGAUGCUCUCAAAACAAUGAGAUCUGUUAUGUUCACAGCAGGAAAUGGUGAUCGCUCAGAUGUGGAUAAUGUAGCCGUUGUUGUGACGGAUGGUGUAUCAAAUAUCAACUCUAGAAGGACAGUUCCAGAAGCAGAACAGGCUAGGGCUGAAGGUAUUCAUAUCUAUGCCAUUGGUAUUGGCUUGACUGAUACAAGAGAGUUAGAUGGCAUUGCCAGUAAACCAGUCGAUGAGAACAGGUUUGCUGUUCAAGAUUUUACAGAGUUGAGAGACCUGAGACACAAAGUAAUUUUUGCUUUAUGUUCCACUUCACCGCCAGUCAGAACUGAACCAAUGCGCUUACAAACAACUCGUAUACAGAGAGUCAGCUGUGCUGGGGCCAAAUUAGACUUGGUCUUUGUUCUGGAUGCCUCUACUAGUGUAACUGAACCAAACUUUGAACUGUUAAAAGAAUUUGUUAAAGACUUCCUCUUGGAUGCUGAUAUUGAUGGAGGCAAUGUCAGAGUUGGUGUAGUCAUCUAUAGUGAUGCUGAUUAUGUGCAGUUUCAACUGAAUACUUACGCUAAGAAAGCUGAUGUGUACAAUGCCAUUGAUGAUAUUCCCUAUAGGUAUGGUAGUACCAACACUGCUGAUGCUCUCAAAACAAUGAGAUCUGUUAUGUUCACAGCAGGAAAUGGUGAUCGCUCAGAUGUGGAUAAUGUAGCCGUUGUUGUGACGGAUGGUGUAUCAAAUAUCAACUCUAGAAGGACAGUUCCAGAAGCAGAACAGGCUAGGGCUGAAGGUAUUCAUAUCUAUGCCAUUGGUAUUGGCUUGACUGAUACAAGAGAGUUAGAUGGCAUUGCCAGUAAACCAGUCGAUGAGAACAGGUUUGCUGUUCAAGAUUUUACAGAGUUGAGAGACCUGAGACACAAAGUAAUUUUUGCUUUAUGUUCCACUUCACCGCCAGUCAGAACUGAACCAAUGCGCUUACAAACAACUCGUAUACAGAGAGUCAGCUGUGCUGGGGCCAAAUUAGACUUGGUCUUUGUUCUGGAUGCCUCUACUAGUGUAACUGAACCAAACUUUGAACUGUUAAAAGAAUUUGUUAAAGACUUCCUCUUGGAUGCUGAUAUUGAUGGAGGCAAUGUCAGAGUUGGUGUAGUCAUCUAUAGUGAUGCUGAUUAUGUGCAGUUUCAACUGAAUACUUACGCUAAGAAAGCUGAUGUGUACAAUGCCAUUGAUGAUAUUCCCUAUAGGUAUGGUAGUACCAACACUGCUGAUGCUCUCAAAACAAUGAGAUCUGUUAUGUUCACAGCAGGAAAUGGUGAUCGCUCAGAUGUGGAUAAUGUAGCCGUUGUUGUGACGGAUGGUGUAUCAAAUAUCAACUCUAGAAGGACAGUUCCAGAAGCAGAACAGGCUAGGGCUGAAGGUAUUCAUAUCUAUGCCAUUGGUAUUGGCUUGACUGAUACAAGAGAGUUAGAUGGCAUUGCCAGUAAACCAGUCGAUGAGAACAGGUUUGCUGUUCAAGAUUUUACAGAGUUGAGAGACCUGAGACACAAAGUAAUUUUUGCUUUAUGUUCCACUUCACCGCCAGUCAGAACUGAACCAAUGCGCUUACAAACAACUCGUAUACAGAGAGUCAGCUGUGCUGGGGCCAAAUUAGACUUGGUCUUUGUUCUGGAUGCCUCUACUAGUGUAACUGAACCAAACUUUGAACUGUUAAAAGAAUUUGUUAAAGACUUCCUCUUGGAUGCUGAUAUUGAUGGAGGCAAUGUCAGAGUUGGUGUAGUCAUCUAUAGUGAUGCUGAUUAUGUGCAGUUUCAACUGAAUACUUACGCUAAGAAAGCUGAUGUGUACAAUGCCAUUGAUGAUAUUCCCUAUAGGUAUGGUAGUACCAACACUGCUGAUGCUCUCAAAACAAUGAGAUCUGUUAUGUUCACAGCAGGAAAUGGUGAUCGCUCAGAUGUGGAUAAUGUAGCCGUUGUUGUGACGGAUGGUGUAUCAAAUAUCAACUCUAGAAGGACAGUUCCAGAAGCAGAACAGGCUAGGGCUGAAGGUAUUCAUAUCUAUGCCAUUGGUAUUGGCUUGACUGAUACAAGAGAGUUAGAUGGCAUUGCCAGUAAACCAGUCGAUGAGAACAGGUUUGCUGUUCAAGAUUUUACAGAGUUGAGAGACCUGAGACACAAAGUAAUUUUUGCUUUAUGUUCCACUUCACCGCCAGUCAGAACUGAACCAAUGCGCUUACAAACAACUCGUAUACAGAGAGUCAGCUGUGCUGGGGCCAAAUUAGACUUGGUCUUUGUUCUGGAUGCCUCUACUAGUGUAACUGAACCAAACUUUGAACUGUUAAAAGAAUUUGUUAAAGACUUCCUCUUGGAUGCUGAUAUUGAUGGAGGCAAUGUCAGAGUUGGUGUAGUCAUCUAUAGUGAUGCUGAUUAUGUGCAGUUUCAACUGAAUACUUACGCUAAGAAAGCUGAUUUGUACAAUGCCAUUGAUGAUAUUCCCUAUAGGUAUGGUAGUACCAACACUGCUGAUGCUCUCAAAACAAUGAGAUCUGUUAUGUUCACAGCAGGAAAUGGUGAUCGCUCAGAUGUGGAUAAUGUAGCCGUUGUUGUGACGGAUGGUGUAUCAAAUAUCAACUCUAGAAGGACAGUUCCAGAAGCAGAACAGGCUAGGGCUGAAGGUAUUCAUAUCUAUGCCAUUGGUAUUGGCUUGACUGAUACAAGAGAGUUAGAUGGCAUUGCCAGUAAACCAGUCGAUGAGAACAGGUUUGCUGUUCAAGAUUUUACAGAGUUGAGAGACCUGAGACACAAAGUAAUUUUUGCUUUAUGUUCCACUUCACCGCUAGUCAGAACUGAACCAAUGCGCUUACAAACAACUCGUAUACAGAGAGUCAGCUGUGCUGGGGCCAAAUUAGACUUGGUCUUUGUUCUGGAUGCCUCUACUAGUGUAACUGAACCAAACUUUGAACUGUUAAAAGAAUUUGUUAAAGACUUCCUCUUGGAUGCUGAUAUUGAUGGAGGCAAUGUCAGAGUUGGUGUAGUCAUCUAUAGUGAUGCUGAUUAUGUGCAGUUUCAACUGAAUACUUACGCUAAGAAAGCUGAUGUGUACAAUGCCAUUGAUGAUAUUCCCUAUAGGUAUGGUAGUACCAACACUGCUGAUGCUCUCAAAACAAUGAGAUCUGUUAUGUUCACAGCAGGAAAUGGUGAUCGCUCAGAUGUGGAUAAUGUAGCCGUUGUUGUGACGGAUGGUGUAUCAAAUAUCAACUCUAGAAGGACAGUUCCAGAAGCAGAACAGGCUAGGGCUGAAGGUAUUCAUAUCUAUGCCAUUGGUAUUGGCUUGACUGAUACAAGAGAGUUAGAUGGCAUUGCCAGUAAACCAGUCGAUGAGAACAGGUUUGCUGUUCAAGAUUUUACAGAGUUGAGAGACCUGAGACACAAAGUAAUUUUUGCUUUAUGUUCCACUUCACCGCCAGUCAGAACUGAACCAAUGCGCUUACAAACAACUCGUAUACAGAGAGUCAGCUGUGCUGGGGCCAAAUUAGACUUGGUCUUUGUUCUGGAUGCCUCUACUAGUGUAACUGAACCAAACUUUGAACUGUUAAAAGAAUUUGUUAAAGACUUCCUCUUGGAUGCUGAUAUUGAUGGAGGCAAUGUCAGAGUUGGUGUAGUCAUCUAUAGUGAUGCUGAUUAUGUGCAGUUUCAACUGAAUACUUACGCUAAGAAAGCUGAUGUGUACAAUGCCAUUGAUGAUAUUCCCUAUAGGUAUGGUAGUACCAACACUGCUGAUGCUCUCAAAACAAUGAGAUCUGUUAUGUUCACAGCAGGAAAUGGUGAUCGCUCAGAUGUGGAUAAUGUAGCCGUUGUUGUGACGGAUGGUGUAUCAAAUAUCAACUCUAGAAGGACAGUUCCAGAAGCAGAACAGGCUAGGGCUGAAGGUAUUCAUAUCUAUGCCAUUGGUAUUGGCUUGACUGAUACAAAGGAGUUGGAUGGCAUUGCCAGUAAACCAGUCGAUGAGAACAGGUUUGCUGUUCAAGAUUUUACAGAGUUGAGAGACCUGAGACACAAAGUAAUUUUUGCUUUAUGUUCCACUUCACCGCCAGUCAGAACUGAACCAAUGCGCUUACAAACAACUCGUAUACAGAGAGUCAGCUGUGCUGGGGCCAAAUUAGACUUGGUCUUUGUUCUGGAUGCCUCUACUAGUGUAACUAAACCAAACUUUGAACUGUUAAAAGACUUUGUUAAAGACUUCCUCUUGGAUGCUGAUAUUGAUGGAGGCAAUGUCAGAGUUGGUGUAGUCAUCUAUAGUGAUGCUGAUUAUGUGCAGUUUCAACUGAAUACUUACGCUAAGAAAGCUGAUGUGUACAAUGCCAUUGAUGAUAUUCCCUAUAGGUAUGGUAGUACCAACACUGCUGAUGCUCUCAAAACAAUGAGAUCUGUUAUGUUCACAGCAGGAAAUGGUGAUCGCUCAGAUGUGGAUAAUGUAGCCGUUGUUGUGACGGAUGGUGUAUCAAAUAUCAACUCUAGAAGGACAGUUCCAGAAGCAGAACAGGCUAGGGCUGAAGGUAUUCAUAUCUAUGCCAUUGGUAUUGGCUUGACUGAUACAAAGGAGUUGGAUGGCAUUGCCAGAAAACCAGUCGAUGAGAACAGGUUUGCUGUUCAAGAUUUUACAGAGUUGAGAGACCUGAGACACAAAGUAAUUUUUGCUUUAUGUUCCACUUCACCGCUAGUCAGAACUGAACCAAUGCGCUUACAAACAACUCGUAUACAGAGAGUCAGCUGUGCUGGGGCCAAAUUAGACUUGGUCUUUGUUCUGGAUGCCUCUACUAGUGUAACUGAACCAAACUUUGAACUGUUAAAAGAAUUUGUUAAAGACUUCCUCUUGGAUGCUGAUAUUGAUGGAGGCAAUGUCAGAGUUGGUGUAGUCAUCUAUAGUGAUGCUGAUUAUGUGCAGUUUCAACUGAAUACUUACGCUAAGAAAGCUGAUGUGUACAAUGCCAUUGAUGAUAUUCCCUAUAGGUAUGGUAGUACCAACACUGCUGAUGCUCUCAAAACAAUGAGAUCUGUUAUGUUCACAGCAGGAAAUGGUGAUCGCUCAGAUGUGGAUAAUGUAGCCGUUGUUGUGACGGAUGGUGUAUCAAAUAUCAACUCUAGAAGGACAGUUCCAGAAGCAGAACAGGCUAGGGCUGAAGGUAUUCAUAUCUAUGCCAUUGGUAUUGGCUUGACUGAUACAAGAGAGUUAGAUGGCAUUGCCAGUAAACCAGUCGAUGAGAACAGGUUUGCUGUUCAAGAUUUUACAGAGUUGAGAGACCUGAGACACAAAGUAAUUUUUGCUUUAUGUUCCACUUCACCGCCAGUCAGAACUGAACCAAUGCGCUUACAAACAACUCGUAUACAGAGAGUCAGCUGUGCUGGGGCCAAAUUAGACUUGGUCUUUGUUCUGGAUGCCUCUACUAGUGUAACUAAACCAAACUUUGAACUGUUAAAAGACUUUGUUAAAGACUUCCUCUUGGAUGCUGAUAUUGAUGGAGGCAAUGUCAGAGUUGGUGUAGUCAUCUAUAGUGAUGCUGAUUAUGUGCAGUUUCAACUGAAUACUUACGCUAAGAAAGCUGAUGUGUACAAUGCCAUUGAUGAUAUUCCCUAUAGGUAUGGUAGUACCAACACUGCUGAUGCUCUCAAAACAAUGAGAUCUGUUAUGUUCACAGCAGGAAAUGGUGAUCGCUCAGAUGUGGAUAAUGUAGCCGUUGUUGUGACGGAUGGUGUAUCAAAUAUCAACUCUAGAAGGACAGUUCCAGAAGCAGAACAGGCUAGGGCUGAAGGUAUUCAUAUCUAUGCCAUUGGUAUUGGCUUGACUGAUACAAAGGAGUUGGAUGGCAUUGCCAGUAAACCAGUCGAUGAGAACAGGUUUGCUGUUCAAGAUUUUACAGAGUUGAGAGACCUGAGACACAAAGUAAUUUUUGCUUUAUGUUCCACUUCACCGCUAGUCAGAACUGAACCAAUGCGCUUACAAACAACUCGUAUACAGAGAGUCAGCUGUGCUGGGGCCAAAUUAGACUUGGUCUUUGUUCUGGAUGCCUCUACUAGUGUAACUGAACCAAACUUUGAACUGUUAAAAGAAUUUGUUAAAGACUUCCUCUUGGAUGCUGAUAUUGAUGGAGGCAAUGUCAGAGUUGGUGUAGUCAUCUAUAGUGAUGCUGAUUAUGUGCAGUUUCAACUGAAUACUUACGCUAAGAAAGCUGAUGUGUACAAUGCCAUUGAUGAUAUUCCCUAUAGGUAUGGUAGUACCAACACUGCUGAUGCUCUCAAAACAAUGAGAUCUGUUAUGUUCACAGCAGGAAAUGGUGAUCGCUCAGAUGUGGAUAAUGUAGCCGUUGUUGUGACGGAUGGUGUAUCAAAUAUCAACUCUAGAAGGACAGUUCCAGAAGCAGAACAGGCUAGGGCUGAAGGUAUUCAUAUCUAUGCCAUUGGUAUUGGCUUGACUGAUACAAGAGAGUUAGAUGGCAUUGCCAGUAAACCAGUCGAUGAGAACAGGUUUGCUGUUCAAGAUUUUACAGAGUUGAGAGACCUGAGACACAAAGUAAUUUUUGCUUUAUGUUCCACUUCACCGCCAGUCAGAACUGAACCAAUGCGCUUACAAACAACUCGUAUACAGAGAGUCAGCUGUGCUGGGGCCAAAUUAGACUUGGUCUUUGUUCUGGAUGCCUCUACUAGUGUAACUGAACCAAACUUUGAACUGUUAAAAGAAUUUGUUAAAGACUUCCUCUUGGAUGCUGAUAUUGAUGGAGGCAAUGUCAGAGUUGGUGUAGUCAUCUAUAGUGAUGCUGAUUAUGUGCAGUUUCAACUGAAUACUUACGCUAAGAAAGCUGAUGUGUACAAUGCCAUUGAUGAUAUUCCCUAUAGGUAUGGUAGUACCAACACUGCUGAUGCUCUCAAAACAAUGAGAUCUGUUAUGUUCACAGCAGGAAAUGGUGAUCGCUCAGAUGUGGAUAAUGUAGCCGUUGUUGUGACGGAUGGUGUAUCAAAUAUCAACUCUAGAAGGACAGUUCCAGAAGCAGAACAGGCUAGGGCUGAAGGUAUUCAUAUCUAUGCCAUUGGUAUUGGCUUGACUGAUACAAGAGAGUUAGAUGGCAUUGCCAGUAAACCAGUCGAUGAGAACAGGUUUGCUGUUCAAGAUUUUACAGAGUUGAGAGACCUGAGACACAAAGUAAUUUUUGCUUUAUGUUCCACUUCACCGCCAGUCAGAACUGAACCAAUGCGCUUACAAACAACUCGUAUACAGAGAGUCAGCUGUGCUGGGGCCAAAUUAGACUUGGUCUUUGUUCUGGAUGCCUCUACUAGUGUAACUGAACCAAACUUUGAACUGUUAAAAGAAUUUGUUAAAGACUUCCUCUUGGAUGCUGAUAUUGAUGGAGGCAAUGUCAGAGUUGGUGUAGUCAUCUAUAGUGAUGCUGAUUAUGUGCAGUUUCAACUGAAUACUUACGCUAAGAAAGCUGAUGUGUACAAUGCCAUUGAUGAUAUUCCCUAUAGGUAUGGUAGUACCAACACUGCUGAUGCUCUCAAAACAAUGAGAUCUGUUAUGUUCACAGCAGGAAAUGGUGAUCGCUCAGAUGUGGAUAAUGUAGCCGUUGUUGUGACGGAUGGUGUAUCAAAUAUCAACUUUAGAAGGACAGUUCCAGAAGCAGAACAGGCUAGGGCUGAAGGUAUUCAUAUCUAUACCAUUGGUAUUGGCUUGACUGAUACAAAGGAGUUGGAUGGCAUUGCCAGUAAACCAGUCGAUGAAAAUAGGUUUGCUGUUCAAGAUUUUACAGAGUUGAGAGACCUGAGACACAAAGUAAUUUUUGCUUUAUGUUCCACUUCACCGCCAGUCAGAACUGAACCAAUGCGCUUACAAACAACUCGUAUACAGAGAGUCAGCUGUGCUGGGGCCAAAUUAGACUUGGUCUUUGUUCUGGAUGCCUCUACUAGUGUAACUGAACCAAACUUUGAACUGUUAAAAGAAUUUGUUAAAGACUUCCUCUUGGAUGCUGAUAUUGAUGGAGGCAAUGUCAGAGUUGGUGUAGUCAUCUAUAGUGAUGCUGAUUAUGUGCAGUUUCAACUGAAUACUUACGCUAAGAAAGCUGAUUUGUACAAUGCCAUUGAUGAUAUUCCCUAUAGGUAUGGUAGUACCAACACUGCUGAUGCUCUCAAAACAAUGAGAUCUGUUAUGUUCACAGCAGGAAAUGGUGAUCGCUCAGAUGUGGAUAAUGUAGCCGUUGUUGUGACGGAUGGUGUAUCAAAUAUCAACUCUAGAAGGACAGUUCCAGAAGCAGAACAGGCUAGGGCUGAAGGUAUUCAUAUCUAUGCCAUUGGUAUUGGCUUGACUGAUACAAGAGAGUUAGAUGGCAUUGCCAGUAAACCAGUCGAUGAGAACAGGUUUGCUGUUCAAGAUUUUACAGAGUUGAGAGACCUGAGACACAAAGUAAUUUUUGCUUUAUGUUCCACUUCACCGCCAGUCAGAACUGAACCAAUGCGCUUACAAACAACUCGUAUACAGAGAGUCAGCUGUGCUGGGGCCAAAUUAGACUUGGUCUUUGUUCUGGAUGCCUCUACUAGUGUAACUGAACCAAACUUUGAACUGUUAAAAGAAUUUGUUAAAGACUUCCUCUUGGAUGCUGAUAUUGAUGGAGGCAAUGUCAGAGUUGGUGUAGUCAUCUAUAGUGAUGCUGAUUAUGUGCAGUUUCAACUGAAUACUUACGCUAAGAAAGCUGAUGUGUACAAUGCCAUUGAUGAUAUUCCCUAUAGGUAUGGUAGUACCAACACUGCUGAUGCUCUCAAAACAAUGAGAUCUGUUAUGUUCACAGCAGGAAAUGGUGAUCGCUCAGAUGUGGAUAAUGUAGCCGUUGUUGUGACGGAUGGUGUAUCAAAUAUCAACUCUAGAAGGACAGUUCCAGAAGCAGAACAGGCUAGGGCUGAAGGUAUUCAUAUCUAUGCCAUUGGUAUUGGCUUGACUGAUACAAAGGAGUUGGAUGGCAUUGCCAGUAAACCAGUCGAUGAAAAUAGGUUUGCUGCUCAAGAUUUUACAGAGUUGAGAGACCUGAGACACAAAGUAAUUUUUGCUUUAUGUUCCACUUCACCGCCAGUCAGAACUGAACCAAUGCGCUUACAAACAACUCGUAUACAGAGAGUCACUCUACCAACACCAGCUUCAGAAUGUCUCCUUGCUCGAGCUGAUUUGGUUAUUGUUAUUGACUCCUCUACAAGUGUGACAGAAAGCAACUUUGAUAAGAUCCUUUCAUUUGUAAAAGACUUCUUAAGUAAGACUGAUAUCGACUCCGGUAACGUUCGUGUGGGUUUGAUCACAUACAACAAUGAGGUGUCUCAAGAAUUCUACCUCAAUUCUGCAUUCACAAAGAGAGAAAUCCUGGAACUGGUUGAUGAUGUCAAGUACAAUUUUGGCAGCACCAAUACAGCUGAAGCUUUAGAGAUAAUGAGAAAUGUCAUGUUUAGCCCUGAGAAAGGCGAUAGAGCUGAUGUAUCUAAUAUUGCUAUUGUGUUGACAGAUGGUGUGUCAAAUAUCAACUCUAGAAGGACAGUUCCAGAAGCAGAACAAGCUAGGGCUGAAGGUAUUCAUAUCUAUGCCAUUGGUAUUGGCUUGACUGAUACAAAGGAGUUGGAUGGCAUUGCCAGUAAACCAGUCGAUGAGAACAGGUUUGCUGUUCAAGAUUUUACAGAAUUGAGAGACCUGAGACACAAAGUAUUCUCUGCUUUAUGUGCUGUCCAGCCUGCUGCAUCAUCUACGGCACCCACUAAACCAAUAACAAGCUGCGCUGGGGCUAAAUUAGACUUGGUCUUUGUUCUUGAUGCCUCUACAAGUGUAACUGAACCAAACUUUGAACUGAUGAAAGAUUUUGUUAAAGACUUCCUCCUGGAUGCUGAUAUUGAUGGAGGCAAUGUCAGAGUUGGUGUCGUUAUCUACAGUGAUGCUGAUUAUGUGCAGUUCCAACUGAAUACUUAUGCUAAGAAAGCUGAUGUGUACAACGCCAUUGAUGAUAUUCCUUAUAGGUAUGGUAGUACAAACACUGCUGAUGCUCUCAAAACAAUGAGAUCUGUUAUGUUCACAGCAGGAAACGGCGAUCGCUCAGAUGUUAAUAACGUGGCUGUUGUUGUGACAGAUGGUGUAUCGAAUAUUAACUCUAGAAGGACAGUUCCAGAAGCAGAACAAGCUAGGGCUGAAGGUAUUCAUAUCUAUGCCAUUGGUAUUGGCUUGACUGAUACAAAGGAGUUGGAUGGCAUUGCCAGUAAACCAGUCGAUGAGAACAGGUUUGCUGUUCAAGAAUUUACAGAGUUGAGAGACUUGAGACACAAAGUAUUUUCUGCUUUAUGUUCCACUUUACCUCCAGUCUCAACUGAACCAACGCCUCCACCAACACGCCCACCAACAACUCCUAAGCAGAGAGUCAGCUGCGCUGGGGCUAAAUUAGAUUUAGUUUUUGUUCUUGAUGCCUCUACUAGUGUAACUGAACCAAACUUUGAACUGAUGAAAGACUUUGUUAAAGACUUCCUCCUGGAUGCUGAUAUUGAUGGAGGCAACGUAAGAGUUGGUGUAGUCAUUUACAGUGAUGCUGAUUAUGUGCAGUUCCAACUAAAUACUUAUGCUAAGAAAGCUGAUGUGUACAAUGCCAUUGAUGAUAUUCCCUAUAGGUAUGGUAGUACCAACACUGCUGAUGCUCUCAAAACAAUGAGAUCUGUUAUGUUCACAGCAGGAAAUGGUGAUCGCUCAGAUGUUGAUAAUGUAGCUGUUGUUGUGACAGAUGGUGUAUCGAAUAUUAAUUCUAGAAGGACAGUUCCAGAAGCAGAACAGGCUAGGGCAGAAGGUAUUCAUAUAUAUGCCAUUGGUAUUGGCUUGACUGAUACAAAGGAGUUGGAUGGCAUUGCCAGUAAACCAGUCGAUGAGAACAGGUUUGCUGUUCAAGAUUUUACAGAGUUGAGAGACCUGAGGCACAAAGUAUUCUCUGCUUUAUGUUCCACUUUACCGCCAGUCAGAACUGAACCAACGCCUCCACCAACAACUCCUAAAAAGAGAGUCAGCUGUGCUGGGGCCAAAUUAGACUUGGUCUUUGUUCUUGAUGCCUCUACUAGUGUAACUGAACCAAACUUUGAACUGAUGAAAGAUUUUGUUAAAGACUUCCUCCUAGAUGCUGAUAUUGAUGGAGGCAAUGUCAGAGUUGGUGUAGUCAUCUAUAGUGAUGCUGACUAUGUGCAGUUCCAACUGAAUACUUACUCUAAGAAAGCUGAUGUGUACAAUGCCAUUGAUGAUAUUCCCUAUAGGUAUGGUAGUACCAACACUGCUGAUGCUCUCAAAACAAUGAGAGCUGUUAUGUUCACAGCGGGAAAUGGUGAUCGCUCAGAUGUUGAUAAUGUAGCUGUUGUUGUGACAGAUGGUGUAUCAAAUAUCAACUCUAGAAGGACAGUUCCAGAAGCAGAACAGGCUAGGGCUGAAGGUAUUCAUAUCUAUGCCAUUGGUAUUGGCUUGACUGAUACAAAGGAGUUGGAUGGCAUUGCCAGUAAACCAGUCGAUGAGAACAGGUUUGCUGUUCAAGAUUUUACAGAAUUGAGAGACCUGAGACACAAAGUAUUUUCUGCUUUAUGUUCCACUUUACCGCCAGUCAGAACUGAACCAACGCCUCCCCCAACACGCCCACCAACAACUCCUAAGCAGAGAGUCAGCUGUGCUGGGGCUAAAUUAGACUUGGUCUUUGUUCUGGAUGCCUCUACUAGUGUAACUGAACCAAACUUUGAACUGAUGAAAGACUUUGUUAAGGACUUCCUCCUGGAUGCUGAUAUUGAUGGAGACAAUGUCAGAGUUGGUGUAGUCAUCUACAGUGAUGCUGACUAUGUGCAGUUCCAACUGAAUACUUACUCUAAGAAAGCUGAUGUGUACAAUGCCAUUGAUGAUAUUCCCUAUAGGUAUGGUAGUACCAACACUGCAGAUGCUCUCAAAACAAUGAGAUCUGUUAUGUUCACAGCAGAAAAUGGUGAUCGCUCAGAUGUUGAUAAUGUAGCUGUUGUUGUGACUGAUGGUGUAUCGAAUAUUAACUCUAGAAGGACAGUUCCAGAAGCAGAACAAGCUAGGGCAGAAGGUAUUCAUAUCUAUGCCAUUGGUAUUGGCUUGACUGAUACAAAGGAGUUGGAUGGCAUUGCUAGUAAACCAGUCGAUGAGAACAGGUUUGCUGUUCAAGAUUUUACAGAGUUGAGAGACCUGAGACACAAAGUAUUUUCUGCUUUAUGUUCCACUUUACCGGCAGUUAGAACUGAGCCAACGUCUCCACCAACGCCUCCACCAACAACCCCUAAACAGAGAGUCAGCUGUGCUGGGGCCAAAUUAGAUUUGGUCUUUGUACUUGAUGCCUCUACUAGUGUAACUGAACCAAACUUUGAACUGAUGAAAGAUUUUGUUAAAGACUUCCUCCUGGAUGCUGAUAUUGAUGGAGACAAUGUCAGAGUUGGUGUAGUCAUCUACAGUGAUGCUGAUUAUGUGCAGUUCCAACUGAAUUCUUACGCUAAGAAAGCUGAUGUGUACAAUGCCAUUGAUGAUAUCCCCUAUAGGUAUGGUAGUACCAACACUGCAGAUGCUCUCAAAACAAUGAGAGGUGUUAUGUUCACAGCAGGAAAUGGCGAUCGCUCAGAUGUUGAUAAUGUAGCUGUUGUUGUGACAGAUGGUGUAUCAAAUAUCAACUCUAGAAGGACAGUUCCAGAAGCAGAACAAGCUAGGGCUGGAGGUAUUCAUAUCUAUGCCAUUGGUAUUGGCUUGACUGAUACAAAGGAGUUGGAUGGCAUUGCUAGUAAACCAGUCGAUGAGAACAGGUUUGCUGUUCAAGAUUUUUCAGAGUUGAGAGACCUGAGACACAAAGUAUUUUCUGCUUUAUGUUCCACUUCACCGCCAGUCAAAAAUGAACCAACGCCUCCACCAACAACUCCUAAACAGAGAGUCAGUUGUGCUGGAUCCAAAUUAGACUUGGUCUUUGUACUUGACGCCUCUACUAGUGUAACUGAACCAAACUUUGAACUGAUGAAAGACUUUGUUAAAGACUUCCUCUUGGAUGCUGAUAUUGAUGGAGACAAUGUCAGAGUUGGUGUAGUCAUCUACAGUGAUGCUGACUAUGUGCAGUUCCAACUGAAUACUUACUCUAAGAAAGCUGAUGUGUACAAUGCCAUUGAUGAUAUUCCCUAUAGGUAUGGUAGUACCAACACUGCAGAUGCUCUCAAAACAAUGAGAGGUGUUAUGUUCACAGCAGGAAAUGGCGAUCGCUCAGAUGUUGAUAAUGUAGCUGUUGUUGUGACAGAUGGUGUAUCAAAUAUCAACUCUAGAAGGACAGUUCCAGAAGCAGAACAGGCUAGGGCUGAAGGUAUUCAUAUCUAUGCUAUUGGUAUUGGUUUGACUGAUACAAAGGAGUUGGAUGGCAUUGCCAGUAAACCAGUCGAUGAGAACAGAUUUGCAGUUCAAGAUUUUACAGAGUUGAGAGACUUGAGACACAAAGUAUUUUCUGCUUUGUGUGGAGCUAUACCAACAGCAUCUUCAGAGUGUGCCCUUGCUCGAGCUGAUUUGGUUAUUGUUAUUGACUCCUCUACAAGUGUGACAGAAAGCAACUUUGAUAAGAUCCUUUCAUUUGUAAAAGACUUCUUAAGUAAGACUGAUAUCGACUCCGGUAACGUUCGUGUGGGUUUGAUCACCUACAACAAUGAGGUAUCUCAAGAAUUCUACCUCAAUUCUGCAUUUACAAAGAGAGAAAUCCUGGAACUGGUUGAUGAUGUCAAGUACAAUUUUGGCAGCACCAAUACAGCUGAAGCUUUAGAGAUAAUGAGAAAUGUCAUGUUUAGCCCUGAGAAAGGCGAUAGAGCUGAUGUACCUAAUGUUGCUAUUGUGCUGACAGAUGGUGUGUCAACAGUCAAUGCAGAAAGGACAGUCCCUAAUGCCAGACUUGCUCAUGAUGAUGGUAUCCACAUCUUCACUAUUGGUGUUGGCUUGUCUGACACGCGAGAGUUGGAAGGAAUCGCUACGCCACCUGCCUCGCAAAACAGUUUUAAAGUCGACAAUUUUGAUGCACUGGAGUAUGUGGAUGACUUGAUCUUUGCCUCAGCUUGUUACAAAAAGUACACAUUUACUAUGCCACCCACAACUACCACCACAAGAAGGACCACAACUACAACCAGAAGAACAACUACAACCACCACACCCACGACAACAACACCAAGGACUACAACUACCACACGAAGGACUACAACUACCACCACACCAAGGACAACAACUACCACCACCCGAAGGACCACAACCACCACCACACCUAGGACUACUACUACAAGAAGAACCACGACCACCAGAUCAACAACACCUAGACCAACCACAACACCAAAGCGUACUCCAAAGUACAAAGAUCAAGGCACAGAUAUCAUCUUUAUGAUGGAUUCUUCUGUCAAUAAUCAGCUCUUUGGUUGGAUGAAAUCUUUCUUGCGUGAUUUUACUAACAUUGUCAAUGUUGAUGAUGGUGAGUGGAGAAUUGGUGCAAUGACUUUUGACAGAUCUACAAGAAAUGAGUUUCAUCUUAAUCGAUAUCCUUUCAAUGAUGAAGUGGUCGGAGCCCUGAACAGAGUCAAUAACAGGCCAUCUUCUUCUGAUCCUGAUGUGGCUGGUGCUUUUGAUUAUGUUAGAAAUUCAAUGUUCACAGCUUCUAAUGGUGACAGACCACGAGCUAGAAACUAUGUUAUAAUUCUCACAGGAAAAGAGAAAAGUUUAAACACUGAAAGAAGCUAUGCUGCUGCUAACCGCCUAAAAGACUAUGGUGUAGACAUCUUCUCCAUUGGGUUUAACUUCAGGAACAGUACAGAACUUGAUGAGAUCAGUUCUAAACCUGUGGAAGACUUCAGAUAUUUAGUGUUCUCUGAGGAUCAGCUGAAAGAAAUACCAAACACCUUCCUUUACAACAUUAGAAAUGCACCACCCCAAACGCCCCGCCCACAGCCAGCUACAACUCCUAGACCUACUAGACCACCAGCACCUCCAUACACAGGUAAAUGUGAUGCAAAAGGAGACAUAAUCUUCAUACUGGACUCCUCUGGCAGUGUUGGAGAGGAAAACUUUAGGAUGAUGAAAAAUUUUACAUACUCAACUGUCAAAGACUUGAGCAUCGAUAAUGGUUACUUCAGGGUGGGAAUCAUAACAUUCAGUGACUCCUCAAGAAUCGAGUUCCAUUUGAAUGGUUAUAACACUAGGGAGGAUCUGAUUGAACAAAUUGAAAAGAUCCCUUAUACAUAUGGCUACACACACACUGCUGAGGCAUUACGCAGAGUUCGAACUGAGAUGUUUACCCAAAGAAAUGGAGAUAGAUCAGAUGCCCCCAACUUGUUAGUUAUUGUCACUGAUGGUCAUUCUAACAUAAACCAUGAAGAAACACUGCCAGAGGCUCGUAGGAUCAAAGAAACUGGCACUACCAUUGUCACUGUAGCUGUGGGCGUGAAAGGCAACUAUGAGUUGAGGCAGAUGACAUCCGAACCUGUGGACGAGAAUUUAUUAGAAGUUACUGACUUCUCUGCACUAGAUCAGAUUACUAGAUUAAUUGUGGCUCCUGUUUGUACUGAUGAAAACAGGUGUGAAAGAAAUCCUUGCAGAAAUAAUGGAGAGUGUGUUGAUGGAUUGAGGUCAUACAUGUGUAGAUGCUUGCCUGGAUUCUAUGGAACUAAUUGUGAAAAGUCUUGUGGUCCACCUGCUGAUGUGGUUCUCAUCCUUGAUUCUUCAACCUCUGUUGGUCCCACCACUUUUGAGGACAUUAAGAAGUAUGCCCAGGCCAUGAUCAGUGAACUGAACAUAAUGACAUGUAACAUUCAAGUGGGUGUCAUCAAGUACAGCUCAGCAGCAAUGAUCCAGUUCAACCUUGGCACCAUCUUUACUGAAGAGGGCAUGUACCGGGCCAUUGGUGACAUCAGCUAUACGCCAGGUCGAUCCAACAUGGCUGAAGCAUUCAGAGUUGUUCGUACUCAGAUGUUUAAUAACAGAAAUGGUGACAGACCUAAUGCCCGUAACAUUGCUUACUUGCUGACUGAUGGAACAGUGGAGGUAAACAAAGAUAUCACUUCCAAUGAGGUUGAGCUAAGUAUUGAUGCUGGAAUCCAUAUUUUCCCCUUAGCAGUAGCUAUCCAAGACAGGAGUGAGAUUGAAUACAUUGCUCAGGUUCAGAACAUCCCUUUCCUAAUUAUUGAAGAUGAAAAGAACUUUAUGGAACAAAGUGAUCAAUUCCUGAGGGCUGUAGUUGAUACUGAUGAUAGUUGCAAUCCUAAUCCUUGCCGUAAUAACGGUCAAUGUGUGGAUGAACCUUUUGGCUUCACUUGCAAGUGUCCUGAAGGAUUUGCUGGGGAAAUUUGUGACAAAGUGUGCAGUUCCAGUGUGGAUGUGGUAUUUGUAGUGGAUGCCUCUAAGUACAACACUGGACCUGACUUCAGAACCAUUAAACGUUUCUUAAAGUCUAAUGUCAAGAACUUGGCUUUCAAGAGUGGUAACAUCAGAAUAGGUAUUGUGGAGUAUGGUGCUCAUCCAAGGCUUAGACUAGAGCUGAUAGAGGGAGACAAUAAGCGAACUAUCAAUUCUGUGAUUAGCUCCCUUAGGAGAGUGGAUGGAGACCCUAACCUAGAACAGGCUAUAAAGUUGGUCUCAUCAAACGUGCUCUUUAGAGGUGGAGACAGAAAGGAAGUACCUAACUAUGUUGUCAUCCUAGCUCGAGAGAUUGGAGGAGAGAAUACUGUGCAAGCCAUCAAUGAACUGAAGUCUAAAGGCACCAAAUUUAUAGGCAUUGGCAUGGGUCUGUCUAAGAGUGAUGAGAAACUUUUGGAAAUCGCUGUCUCCUCUGCACUAGAAGAUGUCCAUCACUUACUUGAUGGCCCUCAACGACUGGAAGGCAUUGCCUUGGAUUUUGCCACACUUGUUUGUGAAGCUAAAGAUCAGUGUGUGAACUCACCAUGCCAAAAUGGUGGUACUUGUGAAAAUGGUGAGAAGACAUAUGCCUGUAGAUGUCCACCUGGCUUUGCUGGCAAAAACUGUGAAAGAGCUUGUGAUGACAGUGCUGACAUUGUCUUCCUGAUUGAUUCAAGUGGCAGCGUUGGCUUUGAGAACUUCCGACACAUCAAGGAGUAUGUACAGAAUGUCAUUGAUCAUUUUAACAUCGGACCUACGGCCACACAAGUCGGUAUUGCUACCUUCAGUCAGUCAAGCAAGGCAGAAAUCUUCUUAAACAGUUACAAGGACAAGCGUGCACUGAAAGCAGCAGUUAGUGGACUGAAAUAUGAGUAUGGUAACACCAACACUGCAUCUGGGCUGAAACUUUCCAGGACUUAUAUGUUCUCUCCAGCUAAAGGAAACAGACCGAAUGUGCCAGACUUUUUGGUUGUCAUCACUGAUGGUCUUUCCAACGUCAACCCAGAGUUCACAAUUCCAGAGGCAGAACUGGCCAGGAAGCAAGGCAUCCAUGUCAUUGCUGUAGGCAUCAACCUGAAAGAUAAUGAUGACUGGGAGCUCAAAGGCAUUGCUAGCGAACCAGUGAAUGCCAAUGUCUUCAGAGUGAAUGCCUUUGACAAGUUGUUUGACAUUACAGACAAAAUAGUUGACAACACUUGUAGAGACCAAAGUGUGUGUGAUACCAAUCCAUGUAAAAAUGAUGGAAACUGUAUUGCUAGUGCUGGCUCAUAUACAUGCCAGUGUCAACAGGGCUAUUUGGGACCCAACUGCGAAUAUGAUUGUCAGAACAACAAAGAUAUUGUGUUCAUUCUGGAUUCUUCUGCUAGUGUGGGACCCAGUAACUUUGAACUCAUGCUUAAAUACGUUUCCGAGGUGGUUAAAGACCUGACUCUCUAUGGCCAGGACCACCGCUUCUCACUUGUCAUUUACAGCACAGAGGUCAAGACAAUUUUUAGCUUCAAUCGUUACAACAGUCCCAAAGAUAUCCUCAAUGCUAUUAAGACCACAGUCUACAUGCCAGGAUCUACCAACACUGCUGGUGGCUUGAGACAGGCUUUAGAACUUUUCUCUUCUAGUUUUGGAGACAGGCCAACAGCAGAUAACAUAGCCAUCCUGUUAACUGAUGGGCAGAGCAAUGUCAACUACCUAGACACAAUACCAGCAGCUACAGAUCUCAAGGCUGAGAAAAACAAGGUUAUAACCAUUGGCAUUGCAUUACAAAAUCUGGAUGAAAUCAAAGCCAUCGCCAGCAGUCCAAAAGAUGUCUUCCAGGCCACUUCAUUUGAACAACUCAAGGCAGUAGAAAGAAACUUGAUAGAAGGCACUUGCAGCACUGACUAAACUGUGGGCUGAAAAGUUUCCUAUGGAAAUCAAGUCUUGUCAGAUGUGUGCUAUACAAAUGUGCCUUAAUGUGUAUACAUGAGAAGUGUGUGAAUGAUAAAAAAUAACUCGAGAAGUCAAAGGGAAACCACUAUAGCUAAAGACAGCAACAAGUUUGGUCUUGAUUAUUGCUUACCAUUUUAUCUUUGCCUUUAUGACUGACUUUGAAUGUGAAAGUAGUGGCUUAGUAAGUUUGUUAUAACUAGUCUUUUUUUUUCUGUUCAUAUGUCUGUAUAUCAUGUAAGUUACACUCUCUACUUGUACACAUUUUCAACUGCUGUCAUUAGUUGGGAAUCAAGUAUUUAGUAACCAAUUGAGUUUUUAAUGUAUCUCUUUCUUCUUCAAGGAAAUUGUUUGUAUCCAUGGCAGAAAAGUUAAAACAAUAAAAUGUGUUCAAAUGGAAAUCUGGAACGUUUUUCUUUUAUUUCUCCACACAGAUUGAAAUCUAGGAAAUUGAUGCUUUAGUUCUGGGGUGGCCAUUCUAUGGAACAUGUGCCAAAAGUGGCGCACUAUGUUCCCGCGAAAAAAAUCAAGAAAAAGUAUAUGUGCUCAUAAAAAAAAUAAUAUCCUAUUUUUUGAAAAAAUACAUCAGGAAAUUAACUCACUGGCUAUUACCAAGCCUGCCUCAACCAACAUUGUUAUAGUAGAUCUACUAAUAAACCCAGAACAGUUUGAUAUUUUUUGGGUGUGGAUGCAGGUUCUUUCUUUUCAUUAGUCUUGGAUGAAUCUGCUAACAUUUGUAGUAUAUCUCAGUUAAGCUUUAUUAUAUGAUGAUCAUUUUAUCAUAGUUGAACAACUUAUUGGCCUUAAGUCACUCUUUAAAAAACCAGAGGGUCAAACAUAUUUAAGAAAGUGAUGUCAUGGCUUAGAAAUUCAGCUAUUAACUUUAAGUAAACACUUAAGUAUCUGUUCUCAUGGAUCACAUCAAUGAUUGGCAGUGCUGCUGGAACUGUAACCUUGUUUGAAAAUUUUGGUGGAAAAGUGAAAAAGAUCAAGACUUCUGGUGUAUUGACAAGUGCAUAUGAAAUGUUUACAUUUUGGCGAUCGUUACCAUGUGCCCAUUUUGCAAACUAAGAAAAUGUGCUUCAAGUUAUGCCAAUCAAUUUGGAUCAACAUGAAAAUGAUCAAGAGCAAACUGAAGUUGAAAGUCAGAUUCCAGUUUGUAGAACUGUUGAUUGCGUUCACUUAUGAAUUUAACUCCUGAUAUUAAAGAUUUGAUGAAAGAAAGUCUCAUUGAAGCCAAUUAUCUUAUCUUGCUUAAAAUAAUCAAAUACCUUCAAGGACUUAAUGAGGGGUAAAAAUGUGUGUGGUGCAUCUGAAAGUAAAAGUGAACAAAAUUGGUGCUACAAAGCAAAAGGUUGGCCACCCCUGCUUAAGUUCUUUACUGUUCAUUGCCAUAUAUAGCCUACAAGUGUAGACCUUCUUACAUUAUUUGCUGAUUGACUAACUUUUCAUUAUGAUCAUGAAUAAACAUUUACUGAACAUGUUUUCUCUUGAAUAAACAUUUACUGUACCAAUAGA